AUGAAGGAUAGUAGUGACUUACAAGAAAUAUUGCUGACAAUAUUACUGAUAAACAGUAGUUUAGAAGAGAGCUCUGAAAAAGCUUUGCAACAAGCCUUGAGAAGCAGUAUGGAUCAUUUGUUAGCAGAGGCGUUAAAGAUAUUGUGUAAAAGAGAAGGGUUAUCAGAGGUGGGCAUGAAGAAGGAGUUAGUGAAGAGGUUGUCAAAAAAAAUAUUGAAUAAGGCAAAAGAGAAAGAUAGAGUAGAAGAAGUUAGUCAAAAUAGAAAAUCAGGAUAUAGUAGAAUUGAUACUGAUUUCAAUUUUGGGAUUCAAGAAGGUUACUCUGAUAGAAAAUCUGAAACAAGUGAGGGAAAUAUGGAAGCCUGA